AUGAGUCUCGGAAGAACAGUUUACAACGCACUUUUCCGUCGAACAUCUACAUUUGUUGUGACUAUAGUUGUUGGAGGCUUUCUUUUCGAAAGAGUGUUUGAUGAAGGAAUGGAUAACUUAUGGGAAAACAUGAAUCGUGGGGUAAGCAUACAUGUGUUAUUACAAGCUUAUAAUUUUGUUCUAGAGGUUACAAAUUGUAAAUAAAAUGCUGCGAGUAGAUACUGGGCAGUGAUACACCAUUACGAAUGAAUCUAUUGUAGAAACAACAAGAAAAAUGGGUUCCAUUCUUAAGUUGGGGUUGUAAUUUCCAUUCCAUUAAUUGCCAUUAUGAUGACGAACAUGCAAAUAAUAUUACACUUUUGCAGCCAAAGAAUUGGCAUCAUUUUUAACUGGAAUCAUUUCCAUAAUGCAUCCCCUUCACCCAAUGCCUCUGCCAAAAUGCUAUAACAUAACAGUAUAACGUGACUAAUUUCUAAACAAUUGUUACUUAUGUGGGAAAGAUGCAAACUACAAUGGACAGCUUUAAAGCUAGAAGGGAUUGCUUUAAGGUAUAUUGUCAUGAGAAAAAGUCAGCUGUUGCUGAGGUUUUCCACAUCAUACAAGUACUUUUAACCUGUAAUUUAUUAGUUUCUUUAAUACUCCAGAUAAUCUCAUUUCCCUGGCUAAUAGUUUAUCUUGUGUAUAGUGCUAUCUAACAUUUGAACAACUGGGGAAAGGAAUUCAUUAAGUUGAUAAAAACCCCUUUUCCAUAGCCCGAGAAAACAGCCGGUGUUUGGCGAUGCUACCACUGGUUUCCCCGUCAAAUGACAUCUGAGAAACAAGCGCAGAAAUUCCAUAUUGGUCAUGCUGCGUGGGAAAUUUGAUUCAACCAAUCAGAAGCACUACCCAGAUCUGGGUAGUGACGCAUCAUCAGUAUGGAAUUUCUGCACUCGUUUCUCAGACCUCAUUUGGCGGGGAAACCGGUGUUAGCGUUGCCAAAUGUCAGCUGUUUUUUCAGGCUACCUUUUCCAGAGUUACUAUCACUUUUGAUUGAUAUUCAGAAACUUAGUGUCUCCCUAGUAUCAACAUCAGGCAAAGUGCGGUGAAAUGCAGUGGCUAGUAGAUGGUGUGUACCAGGGAGUAACCUGUAAGCAGGUUCACUGGUGCCCAAUUUCAGGGAAAACUUUUGCAAGCCAGCAAAUAAGUGUACCUGAAGGCGAGGCAUUGAUUUUUAAAUUCCUUGUGUUCACUGACCAACACAGCGAUCUAAUACCAGUAGAUUAAUAAUGACAGGCUACAUAACUAUCACACAUAAACAAUGUGAACAUUCACCCAUCAAACUUAGUCGAAAGAAGUAUUGGUAGGCCUGCAUGACUUUUGUUGCUUGUUCCAACAACUUUCUUUCUAAUGGAUAUAUAAAGCUAUGAGGAUUGUUGUUAAUUUUGACUAAGCAAAUCAUAUUUUUGCUACUUGUCCCACAUCAAGAGGUGUUUUCCUGUGGUUUAUAUUUCCAACAGGAUUGACCCUUCGCAUGCAACUUUCUGUCAUUUUUGUCUGUGUUAAUUUGCUUUGUUUUUAUUGGAUAUUAUCUUGACACCUCAAAGCAGGUGAAAUUAAAAAAUCAAUAACCCUUGUGUAGACUGGUGGUGCCAGGAAAAAUUGUGACAAACCUUUCUUUAUGAGAUUCAUCCCACAAUUAUUGUGGUUGAAUUGAUUUACUCUGGUAAAGUGCUACAACUUGAACUUUAUGCUCUUAGAAACUACAUGUAUUUGGAACUUAAAAGUCAGCAAAUGGCUUUGUGCAUUUCAAUAUAAUAUUAAUUAUUUAUUUUUUCACCAGAAAUUGUGGAAUCACAUCAAGCACCGUUAUGUCAAAGAUGCAGAUGAAGCAGAUGAAUGACAAACAAAAUUUUUGUAUUCUAUGAACAUUGGUUACUGUUGUAAACUUUUAAAGAAUGAUGCCUGGAGCCUUAUAAAUACCUGGAGCUGAUGAAUGAGACUUUUCAUCUGAAUGCAGAGCAGCUGUACCUUUUUGUUUAUGUUGUCUUCCUGACUGCAAUAAUAAAUAAUUUGUAUGUCAACUUGGAUCUAAUAGGAUGAUUAAGAUACUGGAGUUUGUUUGCCAAAAAUAUUUGCUUUCUACGCAGUGUAAUAAAGGGAUGAUCAUUUUCCUUCCGUCUUUCUUUUUUAAUAUUUUGUGUAAUUUUUUUUCCAGGCC